CGGAAUAGUAACGCUCUUACGUAAACAAGUUGUGACCAAAACGCUUUUAUAAUCGUAAUAUAAAUUUUAAUUAAAAGUUUGAGUAAAUACUAAACAACAAUUAAGUAUAUAUUCUUAAUCUCACGGAAUAUAAAUCUAACCAAAAUCGCAACUAAACUCUUGAAGCAAUUAAUGUUUAUACGAAUACAUAUGCUAAUGUAUGUAUCAUAAUUAAUUCAAAUGAAUUUGGAAUUUUUUUACAUAAUGGAAUUCUUUUACGUAAUAGUUAAGUAACUGUGAUAGAUCUGUGGUUUGUCAUGCAUUCUUACUUAUAAGAAGAUAAACAAAAAGAAAGAUAAACAAGAGAAACUAAUCGCUCGGUAUAAUACUGAAUGUGCCCUUGUAAAAACUAUCUGUCGUUAUCGUAUAUACAUGUAUGUAUGUACAUACAUAUAUGUAUAUAUAUAUAUAUAUAUAUAUAUACUUGAAGGAUUCGAUUACCAAUGAAUUAUUGUGCUUAUUAUCUCGUUUAAAAAAUUUCGCCCAUUGAUGAAAAAAAAAUGAGCAAUAUCGACUUGUGGAUGCGUGACGUCCUCGCAAGCUAUGGAAUAAUUGGAUUAAUCAUUUUAUGCGUGGUGAUCUGGAUAAUUCAGAAAUGGCCAACGUUGCGAAAGGACACCUAUAAAGCUCAUCUUUUAGGAUUCGAGAUGGAAUGCGCCGAACUGGCCAGUCCAUACAAGGAGCAUCUAUUUAAAGCACUGCAAGAUAUUAUUUCCAACGACGAAAUGUUACGAUCUAUGGGCUCUAUUCGCAUUCUCGAAAUUGGCGUUAAAACAGGCGAAAACAUACAAUUCUAUCCGGAGGGUACACAUCUCAUUGGCGUCGAUUGGAACGUUAAACUAGGCGAAUAUCUGAUUAAAGGGAAUCGUUCGUGGCAAUUCUCUCAUGUGAUUAUCGAACGACUAAUAACGGGUGAUGGAAGUUCUUUGAAGGAAGUAUUAACGGGAUCUGUAGACGUGGUUGUAACAACUAGAUCAUUGUGUUCCGUUAAAUCGGUACACUCUACCCUUCAGGAAAUUCGACGGGUAUUAGCUCCGGGCGGAAAAUAUAUCUUCGUGGAACAUAUUCCAGAGAAGGAAGGCACUUUCAUACGAUGGUUACAAUUAGCGUUGACACGAACCGGUAUAUGGCCUUCUUUAUUUGGUGAUUGUCGUUUAGAUGUUAACUGUGUUGCGGAUAUAGAAAACGCUGGUUUCAAGAAAGUAUCGUGGACAUUUUUAGCUCUGGAAGGAUAUAUUUCGUAUUCGCUUCAUUUGAUUCUUUCUAGACAGCACGUAUGUGGUAUAGCAACGAGAUAAAAAGAUAUAAAUGUAUCGACAAUAAACAUAAAAUUUUUAAUAUAAACAAUCUUUUGCAUCAAACACACACACACACACACACACACACGUACGCAUGCAAGGAAGAUUUAUAAGAUUGUAACAACUUUCAGAUUUGAUAUAUUUUUACGCGUGGUCAAUAUUAUUAUACAAAAAUAAUUACUCAAUAAUGUAAUAGAAAGAGGCUAUGAGAGUUGAACGCAGUUAGUGAUGCACAAUAAAUUCUUCAAUAUAAAGUGUUCAAUUAAAAUUCGUGAAUACAAUCAUUAAAAACAAAUAUUUCAGUUUUGAGCCAUCUUUAUAGCGUUAAAUUAUAAUAAAACCGCUGUUAGAACAGCCAGAGUGAGUCUUCACAAGUAAUCAACAAAUAUAGCAACAGACAAAUAUUGUAUUUGCGAAUUAUAAAAAUACUAAUAACUUUCUAACAUUUCUCGCACACAAACCAAUUUUUAUAUCUUAUAUGAAAUUUAUAUACACAGAAAUUGUAAAAAAUACGCGUCUUAAAAUAUUCAAAUAUUUAAAAUAUCCUAUAUAAAAAGACUGAUAUCGUAAAAA